AUGGUCACACACAAUGGGUUGAUGCGCGUAUUUUGGCCAUCAGACGCUCCCAAGGACUCUGCGCCCGGUGUUCUGGUGGGAUUCAGAAACUCGGAAUCGGAUGUCUUUGUCGUCGCUGUGCUACAAGACGUGGAAUUGCGCCAGGUCGAGAAUGCACUGCUUGUAGGAACCUUGCUGCGACACAGCCCGCACGAUAUCCAAGAACUACUGCAACGAUGCGGACACUCCUCUGUGCGCGCAUUGGGUUGCGUCAACCCUAAGAAGCCAGCCGACCAGUCUGGCACCGACCUUCUCACAGUUCAUACCGAUCCCUCGCUCCGCUUCCCGCGCCUUCAUUACCCUGACGAUGCGCUUAUGACCAUGCAAGUCAUCGUAUACGACCGACCGCACCCAACGCGCAUGCAGUACCUCUCCCUCAAGCCCAUCACGCUCGCUUUGGGGGACAAAACAAGAGUCGCAGAAUGGGACGUGGCUUUUGAAGAGCUAGAACGAGCAGAAGAGAGGGAACGUAAGAGGAAGGCACACCUUGUCGAAAAGCUGAAGCUACACAGAGUGAUUGCACAUCUUCCCACACAAAAAGAGCUGGCGUUGCCCAUGAUUAUCGAGCAGGUUAAUUGUUCGCACGAACUGAACGCCCUGCUGCAGAAGAAUAUUGGUAUGAUUGGCAGACGCAUGAAGCGAGCUCUAAGUGUCAGCGAGCGCGUAGUCGAAUCGGCGAACAAUCUUUGGGACUACAUUUGGCUUGUACUCCAUUAUGCAUUCAGAGUCUGGAUAUGGCCCAUAGCUGCGCAACUCUUCAUUUUCGGACUGAUUACGCAUCGUAUAAUGGGCGAAGCAGUUCUUCAGGUUCUACAUUGGCGGCCAGGAUCUUCUGAUUCGCCAGCUUUGAAAGACAUCUCUGCGACAGCACAGCAGAUCGAUAUCAGAUUGCAACAGUCCUGCUACUGGCCCAUCCAGUAUCUCACCUUACGCAGGAGGAAAGUCAACUGGGAGAGUAUCACCAAUAGUCACCCAGAGUACAUCAGAUUCUACAAUAGCCUUUGGUUGGUCGCGAAUGAUGUCAUCAUGGGCAUCGCUGUCGGGACAUUUAUCAUCGAAAACGCUUCCGUCGUAGCGGCUCAAGUCGACACCAUCUUCAGCACCUGGUCGGUCGAUGGUCUACGGCGCAUGAUAUCAUGGCUUAUGGGGUGGCCGGGAGGCUUAAAGUUGAACACCGAGCUGGCUGCGUUCCUUGGUGACCUGUUUCUCUGGGUCAUCGACUACUGGGCCGGCUGCAUAUCACUCUUGCGACCACAUCUACCUGCGCUCAUCCAGAUCAUUGGCUUCUCAGCUUUUGCUGGCGCCACUAUGCCCAUCUCAAUCUUCUCAGAUCUCGUCUCACUACUGACACUGCAUAUCUACUCGUUCUAUGUCGCAUCUGCUCGCAUCUUUCAUUGGCAGCUCACGAUCAUCAUAUCGCUCUUCCAUCUUUUCCGGGGGAAGAAGCGCAAUAUUCUUCGCAACCGAAUUGACUCAUGCGACUACGACUUGGAUCAGCUGUUGCUUGGGACGAUUCUUUUCACACUGCAGUUUUUCCUACUGCCGACCGUGUUCGUCUUUUACUUGACAUUCGCGAGUGCACGUAUUGCAGUCAUUGGCCUGAAGGCCGCGUUGGAGAUGGGCCUGGCAUGUCUCAACCACUUCCCGCUCUUCGCGGUGAUGCUACGGCUCAAGGAUCCCGGACGACUGCCUGGAGGAAUAUGUUUCGAGCUACAAAACACUAUCGAUACCAGUCUUAAUGUGACGGGCUCGGCAAACUCACCACCCACUGCCUAUGUGCUGCUAAAAUCAAUCCCAUUAUCGCUCCGCGCAAUGUUUCAACCUUACUUCGACCUCGGCGAUCGCAUACGCAAGCAUUACUUCUCGCCUAGUGUCUUGCUAUGUCUGGUGUCUGGACAAUUUGUCCCACCUAUUCACCGCCGCAAUCUGUAUAGUUUACAAUACAGCAUGCUACCUGCAAACAGGGCAAGCAUAGGCGAGCUGUGGAGAAAGUUGACUGAAAGGAGUGCGAGACCAUCAUCGCAUGUGUUAAACGGGUAUGCGGCAAUACCACUAAGGAAAGACAUAUUAAACGGUAAAAGUAGAAAAGUCACAUGA